GCGAAUUGUUAGCGACCGCAAAUGGACUUUCAUUGGACUUUUAUUACUGUCUCUAAAAUGAAACAUUAGCAGAACCUCAGAUUGAGCUGUAAAUGCAUCGGCGUCAGAGAGCUCAGUAUGAAGAAGUCGGUGCGGCCAGCGGUGAGUAAGGUGAGCGGAGAUCGAGGGAAGGCUGAGGCCGCGGCCGGCGCUGGCACCGGAAAGCCCGCAGCCAAGACCGGCACCACGGCGCCUCUUUCGAAGGUGAAAAGCAAUGAUGAUCUUUUAGCAGCAAUGGCCGGAGGGAACCCUGCAUCAAGUAGUGCUGUCGCCAAGACCAAGAGGACCGCCUCCAUUGGGACUAGUGCUAACAACCUCGACAACAAGCCAAAGACAACAUCAGGUACUUCGUCCAAGCGUACGACAUCCUCGACUUCAAGGGAGCCAAAUUCAUCACGAGACCGUCUUCGGACAUCCAGGACAUCAGCUGCUAAGAAGCAGUUGGUAUCAGGGACUGUAACGGGGGAUGUGGCCUCAGGGAAGCGCUCUCGCAGCCAGAUCCUCACAGAGUCUGAGGGCCGUAUGAGCAAGUCCAAAUCAGACGGCCAGAUCAGUGAUAAAGUGGCUUUGGAGGCUAAAGUAAAAGAUUUGUUGGGGUUGGCUAAAAGCAAAGAUGUGGAGAUCCUACACCUGCGCAGUGAGCUAAGGGACAUGAGGGCCCAGCUUGGUCUGGGAGGGAAAGAAGUGCCGCCUGAGGAAGAAGCUGGGGAGGAAGAGAAGCCCCAGGUUUCAGCCAUCACAGCCGCUGAUGUGGAGUCCACUCUGAUUCUCUUACAAGAGCAGAACCAGGCCAUCAGAGAGGAGCUCAACCUGCUGAAGAGUGAGAACCGCAUGCUGAAAGACCGGCUGAACGCACUGGGCUUCUCUCUGGAGCAGAGGCUGGACGGCUCUGACAAGCUGUUCAACUACGCCUCCCUGAGCCCAGACCACCUGGCAGCCGGCAGUGUGCAGAGCGAUGGUGGGGGCACGGGCACACUGACCUCCUCAGUAGAAGGCUCUGCCCCGGGCUCUUUGGAGGAUCUGCUCACAGGACACCAACAUGGAGGCUCGGCGGACAACCUCGACAGUGAAUCCAGCGAGGUUUACCAGGCCGUCACCUCCAGCGAUGAUGCCCUGGAUGCCCCCUCUGGAGCCUCCUCAUCAUCUGAGUCGGAGUGCGCACCCAGCAGAGAGCGCUCGCGGAGGGGCAGCAGCGGCAAUGCCAGUGAGGUGUCGGUGGCCUGUCUGACGGAGCGCAUCCACCAGAUGGAAGAGAACCAGCACAGCACCGCUGAGGAGCUCCAGGCCACUCUGCAGGAGCUGGCCGACCUGCAGCAAAUCACCCAGGAGCUGAACGGGGAGAACGAGCGGCUCGGCGAGGAGAAGGUGAUCCUCAUGGACUCCUUGUGCCAGCAAAGCGACAAGCUGGAGCUCUACGGUCGCCAAAUCGAGUACCUGCGCUCUCUUCUGGAUGAGCAUCAUAUAUCUUACGUGCUGGAGGAAGAUAUCAAGAGUGGCCGCUACAUGGAGCUGGAGCAGCGCUAUGGAGACCUGGCAGAUAAUGCCCGCUUCGAGAGAGAGCAGCUGCUGGGCGUGCAGCAACACCUGUCCAACACGUUAAAGAUGGCUGAACAGGACAACGCCGAGGCCCAGGAGAUGAUCGGAGCGCUGAAGGAGAGGAACCACCAGAUGGAGCGCAUCAUGGAAUCGGAGAGACAGGAUCGGACCGCCAUGGCGGCCGCACUCGAGGAGUACAAGGCGGCAGUGAGCAGCGACCAGGCGGAGCUGAGCCGCUGCAGAGCCCAGCUGGACCAGGAGAGGCAGAGGGUGGCCGAGCUGUACUCCCUUCACACGGCGGGGGACAAAAAUGACAUCUGCCAGCUGCUGGAAGGAGUUCGGCUGGGGAAGGAGGAGGCUGAGGCCAAGGCUGCUAAGAUGCAGGAGGAGGUGGAACAAGCUCACAGUGAACUCAACAGGAUGCAGGAGACUUUCACUAAGCUGGACAGGGAGUACAGAGACUUCCAGGAGCAGGUGCAGCAGCAGAUGGCCGAGCAGGAGCGCAUGCUGGAGAAGCAGCGUGUGGAGCUUCAGGAGAAGGAGACGGAGAUCGCCGACAUGAAGGAGACCAUCUUUGAGCUGGAGGAUGAGGUGGAGCAGCACCGAGCUCUGAAACUCCACGACAACCUCAUCAUCACAGACCUCGAGAACUCUGUGAAGAAGCUGCAGGACCAGAAGCACGACAUGGAGCGAGAGAUUAAGAUUCUUCAUCGCAGACUAAGGGAGGAGUCAAUGGAGUGGCGUCAGUUCCAGGCUGAUCUGCAGACAGCUGUUGUCAUUGCUAAUGACAUCAAGUCGGAAGCUCAGGAAGAGAUCGGGGACUUGCGGCGCCGGCUGCAGGAAGCGCAGGAGAAGAAUGAGAAGCUGAGCAAAGAGCUGGAUGAGGUCAAGAGCCGCAAGCAGGAGGAGGAGAGAGGCCGAGUGUAUAACUACAUGAACGCAGUGGAGAGAGACCUGGCUGCUCUCAGACAGGGGAUGGGUCUCAGCCGGCGUUCCUCCACCUCCUCAGAGCCCUCGCCCACUGUCAAGACACUCAUCAAGAGCUUCGACAGUGCCUCACAAGGUCCAGCUUCCAAUGGUGCCUCUGUGACUCCAACAGCCCCGGCUACCCCGCUGCCGCGCACCCCCCUCAGUCCCAGUCCCAUGAAGACGCCUCCUGCAGCUGCUGUUUCACCCAUACAGAGACACUCGAUCACUGGGUCUAUGUCAGCACCUAAGCCGCUCUCCUCACUGAGUGACAAGAGGCCCAGCUACACAGACAUCACCAUGCCAGCUGAGCACCUUCUCAGGGGAACCUCGGCUAGCCGACCUCCGUCUGUCCUCCAGAGGGUCUCCAACAUGGACUCCACCAAGGCAAUCUCAGUGUCCCGCAGGAGCAGUGAGGAGAUAAAGAGGGACAUGUCGGCCCCAGACGGUGCCUCCUCAUCCUCCCUGAUGGCUAUGAGUGCAGCGUCUUCUCCUCUCUCCCUGUCCUCCUCCUCUCCCACCGCCUCCAUCACCCCCACAGCGCGCAGCCGUCUAAGAGAGGAGAGGAAGGACCCGUUGUCGGCACUGGCCAGAGAAUAUGGAGGGUCCAAGAGAAAUGCUUUGCUGAAGUGGUGCCAGAAGAAGACUGAGGGUUACCAGAACAUUGACAUCACAAACUUCAGCAGCAGCUGGAACGAUGGCCUGGCCUUCUGCGCCGUGCUCCACACCUACCUGCCUGCACACAUCCCCUACCAGGAGCUCACCAGCCAAGAGAAGAGGAGAAAUUUUACGUUAGCUUUCCAGGCCGCAGAGAGUGUGGGCAUCAAAUGCACUUUGGACAUAAAUGAGAUGGUGCACACAGAGAGGCCGGACUGGCAGAGUGUCAUGACGUACGUCACAGCCAUCUACAAGUACUUUGAGACCUGA